AGCAAAUACGAAGUGGUGUUGUGUCGUCCGCCCGUCACUGUCGGAAAUUAUUCAGUGGAUUUUCCCUAUUCGUGUGCGUUUUUACCGAUUUCCAUCUCGAUUGCCAUUUCCGUGGAAAACUAAUAAGCAACCGCAAUAGUGACAAAUCUGCAAGAUUUGUGUUAUUUUUGUGUAUAUCUUUCCGCACUACGGCAGGGAAAAAGUUGGCUAAACGAGUCCGAACCCUGGAAUUUUCAUCUAUCGUCGCCGUCGUUAUUAUCGCUUUUGCUUUUCAAGUCGCCGCGAAAAUCGUGUUUUCACAUUGGUGCUGGUGUUGUGAAAAUAUCUCCGCCGUAUUGAGCAUUUUGGUGCACAGGGUGAUUCUGUAAUUCCAGUCUGGUGUGCUUUCUGUGGCAAGUGUGUGGAAUAAUUUCUUGUUAGUCUGCGAAUUCACUCCUAAAACUCGGUGUAGCUCGACGGCAGCAUUCGAGUAGUGGUUGCAACUCAGCCACUCCGGCCGAUUUCGGAUCUAUUUCAUACGACGUCAUUUGCUACUGCCGUGCCCCAAAGCCUAACUCUGUGCAAGCUGUACUUGUAGCGUUCAAACUAACAGACCGCAAAGCUUGAAGGCAGUGUAUUAAUUAUUCAGUGGUAAAUUUUGAAAUUCGAAAAUAGCUGCGCACGUAAGAUUGUUGCAAAAUGUCACAUCAUAGCGACGAUCAACUUUUGCAAGCUGGAAGUGAAUCUUUUUGGGAGCCCGGCUAUUAUAAAAAAACUACGAAGAGAAUAGAGGAUGGUUAUAAAUUAUGCACAGAUUUACAGACACUAAUACAGGAACGUGCAGAAAUAGAGAAAGGCUAUGCAAAGAACCUUAGAGCUUGGUCGAAGAAAUGGGGGGAACUAAUUGAGAAAGGUCCAGAAUAUGGCACCACUGAAGCAGCAUGGAAAGCAGUAUUGACAGAGGCAGACCGAUUAGCAGACGUUCACAUGAAAAUCAAAGAAAAACUUUGUCAAGAUAUAACGCAUGAAAUUAAAACUUGGCAAAAGGAUAAUUUCCACAAAACAAUGAUGCAAAUUAAAGAGCGCAAGGAAAUGGAAGAUUCGUUUAAGAAGGCGCAAAAGCCAUGGGCAAAAAUUUUGGCGAAGGUAGAAAAGGCAAAGGCAGAUUAUCACGCAGCAUGCAAGACAGAGAAAACAGCUACAAAUCAAGAACGGAAUGCCACCGCCGAUAGCUCUUUAUCGCCCGAUCAGGUCAAGAAAAUGCACGAUCGGGUACAGAAAACUAAAGAUGAGGUUCAAAAAUGUCGAGAAAAGUAUGAACAAGCUUUAUCAGAGAUAAAUAAACAUAAUCCUAUCUAUAUGGAAGCAAUGAGUGCAGUAUUCGACCAGUGCCAAAAGAUGGAGUCAGUCCGUCUAAAAUUCUUCAAGGAAGUUUUGUUUUUAAUACAUGCUGCUUUAGACAUAACGAAGGAAACGAGUUUGCCACAAAUCUAUGAAGAAUUCCAUCAUACGAUUACUAAUGCCGAUGACCAAAAAGAUCUAAAGUGGUGGGCAAAUACUCAUGGGGACAAUAUGGCUAUGAACUGGCCAACAUUUGUGGAAUACACUGAAGAAUUUCGAGACAUCGCUAAGGGAAACAAAUCGAAGGAAGCCCUGCCUGCAGCGCCAAUAACCCUUAUUAAUCAACGGCCUGUUGCCGAAGACUUGCAUGAAUAUCCGCCGCCAUCAACUAAAAAUAGUAUCAGUCGAAACACAGCAAAUAUGAGUAAUCGAAAUUCGGCAAAAAGCAGUACAGUCGUUGCAAACAACGACUCACCGAAAUCGGAAAAUGCUCAAGGCCCUCAUUCACCAAAUAACCGAACUUCAACAAUAACAAAUGGCACAAAUAAAUCGGAAGCAAAUCCAUUUGAGGAAGAGGAAUGGGAUGAAGGCGAUGGUGAUAAUGUACUUGUUGACAAUGGUGAGCCUGGAGUUCCGGUGAAAGCUCUCUAUGAUUAUGAAGGAGCUGAAAGUGACGAGCUAACAUUUAAACAAGGUGAUAUUUUCGAGAAAUUGGAAGAUGAAGAUGAACAAGGCUGGUGCAAAGGGCGAAAGAAUGGAAGAGUAGGCCUCUAUCCAGCGAAUUAUGUUGAAGUGAUAGCAACAUAGAACUGCGAGAACCGAGCAACAGAUAAUCGUGUUGAACUAAUUUAUAUAUUUACGAAGGUGGUGUUACAAUUAUGCUUUUAUUUAAUGAAUGUAUUGUCUUUGCCUUUGCUGUUCUCGCGAUUAAUAUUUAUUUCUGUUCAUAUAUUUUGAAUUCGUAAUCAAUAGACUAGAGAUAAAAACGUUUAUAAUCAAAUUCGAAAAUAUUGUCAUAUUUAUAGGGGAAAUCAGAUUUUCUAAAUAUAAAUAAUGAAAGUAACAAAUGUUAAAAACAUAAAACAAAAUCAAGAGUGAAGUACUGUGAGCAAUUCAAUUGAUGUUAUAAACAGCAAAAUAUUUGCAUUUAGACAUGUGUUUUCUUCAUCAUACCAUAGAAUUGUGUAAUGUCUUUUCUGUCAAGUUGAGCAAGUGAACGUUUAUUUCACAUCCAAAAUUAGUUAAAAAAUUGUAAACAGGAAUGAAGGCGAACAACAUAUUUGAGGAGAGAAUAAGUUUUCUACGAAAAGUAGUUUCAGAAUAUCAUUCGAAUCUACUCUUCGCAACACUUCUAAAAAUGUAUAUUUGUUAAUUUGUUAUCAAUAGAAUAGAAAGUAGAUAAGGCGGACAAAGAAAUAUCUCCAACAAAUUGGAUAUGAAACUUUUAAUUAAUGAAAUGGUAUAAAAUGUCCGGAAAAAGAAAUAUGGUUAAAUAUAUAUAUCACAGCAGAAUGAGAAAGGAGUGAAACGUUA